AUGGGCCCGAAACCUUCAAAAUCGAGCAUAAAAUCGUCUCAUGGAGCAACAGUGUCUUAUGUUCGUCAACCACGACAACGUAUGACACAAAAUUACCUUCUCAUCUGGGCAGAUGCCAGCAUCGACCAAGCAGACAAGGACUGCCAGGAUACGCUCACUCAAUUGAAGAAUGUGGUCAAUAAUGUCAGCUUAUGCACUGAACCGAAUCAGUGCAUUCAAGUACUCAACAAGGUUGACAAGGAACGAGCCUUUGUGAUAACAUCAGGCUCAUUAGGUCAACAUUUGGUUCCUGGAAUUCAUGACAUGUCACAGUUGGAUGUAAUCUACAUCUUCUGUGGCGACGAAUCCAGGCACCAAGGAUGGACUCAAAACUGGGCAAAAAUUAAAGGUAUCUAUACAAAUAUCGCUCAUAUUUGUCAAGCGUUGCAACUAGCCGUUAAGCAAUGUGACCAAAACACAAUUGCCGUAAGUUUUCUCGCGGUAAAUCAAAUGGCUUCAACUGGUAAUUUAAAUCAGUUGGAGCCAACUUUCAUGUAUACACAACUAUUCAAGGAGAUUCUCCUUGAUAUCGAAUAUGAUGUACAAGUGAUCCAACAGUUUAGUGCUUUUUGCCGAAAUAACAACAGCUUGUCACCAAUCAAUACUAACCGUUUUGAGAAAGAAUACGAUGCUGAGUUAGCUAUUUGGUGGUAUACUUUCCCAUCCAAUAUCUAUUCUAUGCUCAAUUAUGCUCUUCGAACACUGGACGCUGAUGCAAUUAUCAUUAUGGGUUUCUUUAUGUGUCAUCUGCAUCAACAAAUUCAACAGCUAUACGAACAACAAGUAAGUAGUUACGAUGGAAAGCCUUUUUUAGUUUAUCGAGGACAAGGUCUUAUGAAAUCAGACUUUGAAAAACUUCAAAAAGCAAAAGGUGGACUUAUGUCAUUUAACAGUUUCUUAUCUACUAGUACAGAUAAAGAAGUAUCCCUCGGUUUUGCUCGAAAUGCUUCAACAGAGCCAAAGAAGGUGGGCAUUUUGUUUAUAAUGUCUAUUGAUCCUUGCUUGAAAUCAACACCAUUUGCCUCCAUCAAAGAGAAAAGUUAUUUUAGGGACGAAGAUGAAAUUCUCUUCUCAAUGCACACAGUCUUUCGAGUGAAGACAAUUAAACAAAUGGAUAAUAAUAAUCAACUUUAUCAAGUUGAGCUAGAAUUAACAUCGGAUGAUGAUCAACAACUACGAUUACUUACUGAUCGAAUACGACAAGAAGCUGGUGGUAGCACUGGAUGGAAAAGAUUGGGUAAGUUAUUGCUUCAAAUUGGUCAAUUUAAUAAAGCUGACGAACUUUAUAAUGUAUUACUCGAACAGACAUCUGAUGAGAAUGACAAAGCGCUCUAUCAUCAUCAGCUGGGAUAUAUCAAAGAUGACCAGGGUGACUAUGAAAAGGCUAUUUGGUAUUAUGAACGAGGACUUGAAAUUGAACAAAAAACUCUUCCUUCAAAUCAUCCUUCAUUGGCUACUUCAUACAACAACAUCGGUUUGGUGUUUGACAACAUGGGAGAGUACUCAAAAGCGCUUUCAUAUUUCGAAAAAGCACUUGAAAUUCAACAAAAAACUCUUCCUUCAAAUCAUCCUCUUUUGGCUACUUCAUACAACAACAUCGGUUUGGUGUAUAAAAAAAUGGGAGAGAACUCGAAAGCACUUUCAUAUUUUGAAAAAGCACUUGAAAUCUCUGAAAAAACUCUUCCUUCAAAUCAUCCUGAUUUGGCUACUUCAUACAACAACACCGGUUUGGUGUUUGACAACAUGGGAGAGUACUCAAAAGCACUUUCAUUUUACGAAAAAGGCCUUAAAAUUUGGCAAAAAACUCUUCCUUCAAAUCAUCCUUCAUUAGCUACUUCAUACAACAACAUUGGUAUCGUGUAUGGCAAGACGGGAGAGUACUCAAAAGGACUUUAUUUUCAUGAAAAAGCACUUGAAAUUUGGCAAAAAACUCUUUCUUCUAAUCAUCCUGAUAUGGCUACUUCAUACAACAACAUCGGUAGUGUGUAUGACAACAUGAAAGAGUACUCGAAAGCACUUUAUUUUUGCGAAAAAGCACUUGAAAUUGAUGAAAAAACUCUCCCUUCAAAUCAUCCUGGUUUGGCUACUUCAUACAACAACAUCGGUACUGUAUAUCAAAACAUGAAAGAUUAUUCGAAAGCACUUUCAUAUUUUGAACGUGCUCUGAACAUAUUACAACGUGCACUACCUCCAACUCAUCCUCAUAUAAAAAGUGUGAAGAAUAGUAUUGAAAUUGUAAAAUAUAUGAUAAAAACUAGUUAA